CGGGAGGCUUCUGGAAAAGGCGCCGCGCGCUGGGCGGACCCGCCUCUAUAUAAGGGAGGCGCGGGGGCGGCGUGCCAGUUGCUUCUGCGUCCUGGUGCUGCCUUGUUGCGGAGCCUGUGCGGUCCUUCAGCCGAGAUGCCCGAGGAGACCCAGACCCAAGACCAGCCGAUGGAGGAGGAGGAGGUGGAGACGUUCGCCUUCCAGGCGGAGAUUGCCCAGUUGAUGUCCCUGAUCAUCAACACUUUCUACUCGAAUAAGGAGAUCUUCCUGAGGGAGCUGAUUUCGAAUUCGUCUGAUGCUCUGGACAAGAUCAGGUACGAGAGCUUGACGGAUCCCAGUAAACUAGACUCUGGGAAAGAGCUGCACAUUAAUCUCAUUCCGAACAAGCAGGAUCGAACCCUCACCAUUGUGGACACCGGAAUCGGAAUGACCAAGGCCGAUUUGAUCAAUAACCUUGGUACUAUCGCCAAGUCGGGUACCAAGGCGUUCAUGGAGGCCUUGCAGGCUGGUGCAGACAUCUCUAUGAUUGGCCAGUUCGGUGUCGGGUUUUACUCCGCCUAUCUGGUUGCUGAGAAAGUGACCGUUAUCACCAAACACAACGACGACGAGCAGUAUGCCUGGGAGUCUUCUGCAGGAGGGUCCUUCACAGUGAGGACUGACACAGGAGAACCUAUGGGUCGUGGAACAAAGGUUAUCUUGCAUCUAAAAGAAGACCAAACCGAGUACUUGGAGGAAAGAAGGAUAAAGGAGAUUGUGAAGAAACACUCACAGUUUAUUGGCUAUCCGAUUACUCUUUUUGUGGAGAAGGAACGUGAUAAGGAAGUCAGUGAUGAUGAGGCGGAGGAAAAGGAAGACAAAGAGGAGGAAAAGGAAAAAGAAGAAAAGGAGUCCGAUGACAAACCUGAAAUAGAAGAUGUCGGUUCCGAUGAAGAGGAAGAGGAAAAGAAGGAUGGUGACAAGAAGAAGAAGAAGAAGAUUAAGGAGAAAUACAUCGAUCAGGAGGAGCUGAACAAAACGAAGCCCAUUUGGACCAGGAAUCCUGACGACAUUACUAAUGAAGAAUAUGGAGAAUUCUAUAAGAGCUUGACCAACGACUGGGAAGAUCACUUGGCAGUGAAGCAUUUUUCAGUUGAAGGACAGUUGGAAUUCAGAGCCCUCCUUUUUGUCCCAAGACGUGCUCCGUUUGACUUAUUCGAAAACAGAAAGAAAAAGAACAACAUUAAGCUGUAUGUUCGCAGAGUUUUCAUCAUGGACAACUGUGAGGAGCUGAUCCCAGAAUAUCUGAAUUUCAUUAGAGGCGUGGUGGACUCUGAAGACCUCCCUCUAAAUAUUUCCCGAGAGAUGUUGCAACAAAGCAAAAUUUUGAAAGUUAUCAGGAAGAACUUGGUCAAAAAAUGUUUAGAACUCUUCACUGAACUGGCAGAAGAUAAAGAGAACUACAAGAAAUUUUAUGAGCAGUUCUCUAAAAAUAUUAAGCUUGGAAUACAUGAAGAUUCUCAAAAUCGGAAGAAGUUGUCGGAGCUGUUGAGGUACUACACGUCUGCUUCUGGUGAUGAGAUGGUUUCCCUCAAGGACUACUGCACAAGAAUGAAGGAAAACCAGAAACACAUCUAUUAUAUCACAGGUGAGACCAAGGACCAGGUAGCGAACUCUGCCUUCGUGGAGCGUCUUCGGAAGCACGGCCUGGAAGUGAUCUACAUGAUCGAGCCUAUUGAUGAGUACUGUGUCCAGCAGCUGAAGGAAUUUGAGGGAAAGACCUUAGUGUCAGUCACCAAAGAGGGCCUAGAGCUUCCAGAAGAUGAAGAAGAGAAAAAGAAACAGGAAGAAAAAAAGACAAAGUUUGAAAACCUCUGCAAAAUCAUGAAGGACAUCUUGGAGAAGAAAGUUGAGAAGGUAGUCGUGUCAAACCGACUGGUGACGUCCCCAUGCUGCAUUGUCACCAGCACGUAUGGCUGGACAGCGAACAUGGAAAGGAUCAUGAAGGCUCAGGCCCUGAGAGACAACUCCACCAUGGGUUACAUGGCAGCAAAGAAGCACCUGGAGAUCAACCCGGACCAUUCCAUCAUCGAAACCUUACGGCAGAAGGCAGAGGCCGACAAGAACGACAAGUCCGUGAAGGAUCUGGUCAUCCUGCUCUACGAAACUGCCCUCCUGUCCUCCGGCUUCAGUCUGGAAGACCCCCAGACACAUGCCAACAGGAUCUAUAGGAUGAUCAAACUCGGUCUUGGUAUUGAUGAGGAUGACCCGACUGCUGAUGACAGCAGUGCGGCGGUGACGGAGGAGAUGCCGCCCCUGGAAGGGGACGACGACACGUCGCGCAUGGAGGAAGUGGACUAGGCGUCCGCGGCCAGCUCCUGUACCCCUGCUCAGUCCUCUAGCUCCAUUCCCUCCCAUAAUCUAUUUUCAAGUAUUUCUUUCUUUAUUUUUGUUAACGUUUAAAAUAUCCGUAUGGCAUGACAAUAACUACGUAAGGGGGAGAUAAGAUUUCUUUCUAAGUGUGAUACUGUGAUACUUUAGGCCCUAAAGCAGAGCUAGUUUUUCCUCCUAGUUUCACGUUGGCUUAUUUUAACAGGUCGAGGUAGCGUUUGUUGAAAGUUGUAUGUAACUUAACGUUAACUUUGUGUUCUGGAGUAUGUAGCUAUCAAGCGAAUUCUUUAGUAGACCAAAUCUUUCGUUGUUGAAGUGCUCUGAACUACAUACCUUGAUGUUUAAAGCAACUGUCAUCUUCUGGGAUCUACUUUUUAAACUUUCCAUCCCCUGUAGUUACCGACUGCAUGAACCAGGCUUCUAGGAGAUAGUAUGUUAAACCGAACCAACUCGUUGGGAAUAACUGUCCGUCCAUAGGGCUUGUUUUCCAAAGAAAAGUAUUUAGAGUAGCAAAACUAUAAGCCAACCUAAGGCAUGUUGUAAAGCUGUGUGAAAAGUAACUCCGCAAGUUUUGUGAGUGGAAAUGUAGUGUGUAAGUCACAUUUUGCUUUAAAAAGUUGUAACAAAUACAAAUGAAUUAAAAAA